AUGCAUUUUCAUCUUAUGUAAGUUGGUAGAAUUUAUCAUCAAAUACAAAAGCAAACAGAGAAAAUUAUAUCUUUUUUAUAGAUAGAAGUGGAUUUAAGGGUGAAAAGAAUAAAUAAAGCAAUUGAAUCAUUGAUUUUAUUCAUAAAAAGCUAAUCAGAAGAUAGCUUUUUAAUGUUCUAUCAUUUGGAUCCUCAUCUAAAAGAAUUUUUUAAUAACCCCGAUAUUAUAAUUAGUAAUCUUUAAAUGAAGCUAUCUUAUAAGUAAGGUUAGUGUCUAAUCUGAAACAAUUUUCACAUGUGAAAAUACGAUAAUUUUUUCAAUUUAAUUAGGAGUAUGGUAUUUUAAUGAGGAUUAUAAAACUCAUUAGAAACUUUUAUUACCUUUUUUUUGACAGAUGCAGAAGAUUCCCAGAGAGAAUUUUAAAUUUCGUUUAAACUUAAGCGACCCUAAUUUUAGAAUUUACACGCGAGGAAUAGGCGAUGGACAAAGUAAGCAUUUAUUACCAAAAAAAUUAGAAAUUCGAUAUGGUAAAUAAUAUAUUGAUAAUGACAAUAUUAAUGUUAAAGUAAUUAAUUUGUUAGAAGAUUCAAUGA